AUGUACAACUGCGUAAAGCUUCGGCCACCCAAGGUGUCAAUGCUUGGCUCGAUCAAGGCCAAUUCCUUCUACAUGACACUGCUAGUGCUCGGUGUGAUCACACUAGCCAUAGUGUUAUUCAUUACGUUGUGCUUUUGUUGUUCAUACUGUUGUCGUCAGCCAGUAGGCAGCAGAGGCUCAUCGAAGGAUGCCUUGAAUCCGAAUGAUGACGGAGAGUUUAGGUGA